AUGAAAUCUUUAAAAAGUAAUCAUCAAUACUUACUACAAUUGCAUGAUACUAUAGCUACAACUAUUGACAAGAUUACUCCUAAUUCUAUAAGGAAAUUGGAAGAGCAAACAUUCCAAUUAUAUAGUGCUAAGAACUAUUUCUCUUUGAAAGAAGUAAUAAGUAUCAUCGAAAACUUUCUACUUCUCUUUAAUCCUUCUAACAAAUAUGAUCUAUGUAGAUAUUGGUAAUCCCUUGAAGAGAAUGGAUUUGAUCCUGUUUUGGAGUACAAUAAGGCAGUUGAAGGUUUCUAAAUUCAUUAUCAUCCUUCAUCUGAAGACAUGUUCAGAAUAAUCUUACAAAUCUCAAGGUUUCUCAAGGAAUUUGGUGAUUUUGAAACCAGGAACACACCUAUAUUUAGACACCCACCUAUAAUUGGAGUAUUGAGUGACUUAUAUGAUAUCGGAUUGCUCUAAGAGAUACUGAAACUUGACCUUUAUUAUGACAAAGCACCUGAAUUAAAGGAGUUUGAUCCAGCUAAACAUUUGAAGCGUGUUGCUAAACCAAAAACAGCUCCUGUGCUUUCCAAGAUGGAGUCACUCAAUGUAGAGAUACAACAAAAUAGAUAAUUGAUCAGAACACAUUAUCUUUCAAUGAUAUCUAAACCCUUCGAGUAAACUGAAAAUGAAGAAGAACCUUCUGAAGAUGUGGAUUAAUUGGCUGAAGAACUUAAUCACAAAUUGAGAAAGGUCAUUUAAUAAAGGGAAGAGAACCUAUCCUAAGAGUAAUUGUAAUCAAGCGAGCGAGAAUCUACUGAUUAUUAUUAUAAGAGAUGGAUUUGGAUCCAAUUUCCAUGGGCUUGUAUGAGUAUUGAUAAGAAUUGCGAUUACUCCGUGGUCAUCAAACAAUGUUUCUCUUCAGCGACAGAUUACAUGAGCGUUGAGGAUGAGAAUGCUUUCACAGAGUCAGCACUUAAAAUAGCACUCGAAGCAAAGAGAAAGCGAAAGGAGAUGUAUGAGUAAAAGCAAGAACAAGAAACUCAAUUAUAACUUAUUCCUUAAGUGCCUGUGCUAGUAUAGAAGGGAUAGGAGGAGGUCUUGAAAAAGCAAAAAAGAGAACAAAUAGAGUUUAGUACGAUAUCAAGCCAAAGAUAUGCUAGAUCCUCAGCAGUAAUCUUACCUCCUGUAUCUAAUAGGAGUGCUGUGUUGACGUAGGAAGAUGCACCAUAAGAUAAUCAUAAAAGUCAUUUGAUGUUUAUAACCUCAGAUUUUACAGAUUCAAAUUAUCUUAAUGAAGAAUCAAAAACAUUUAAAUUAAAGUAGGCGGUAGUACCAAAUGAUGGAUAAGAGACUUAGCAUUUACUUGAGAAAUUGAAGAAAUAAAAAAGUAAAUUUAAACAGUUUGCUUCCAAUUCUGUUUCUCAUGGGAAUUAUAAGAUUACUGAGAUUUUUCCAAUCGUCAAGGGAAACAUACUAUAACAUUCGACAUCCCAGUUCAACUCUACUACAGUAUCAAGCAAGGUAGAUGAGGUAAAAAUUGGAUUAGGUUAUUUAUGA